CUAAAAUAAACAUGAAUAAGAACAGACUUAAGAUGAAGGUUACAAAAAGUAUGCCAAAGAGAAGGAAAGGACUCAUUGCUAUUCCAACAAGUGAUAAACAGUUAAAAUAAGGAAAUGUUUCAAUACAAGAAGGAGAAAAGAGUUUACAGACCCACUCAUAAUCCUGUCAGAGUCACCUCUCUUGGAGGUGUUGAGAAGAACUCAAUGAAUAAGUUUAAGCAAAGGGGAUACCUUAUGGCCUCUAGUCAGUCUUUAGCAGAUUGAUUGAAGAAAUAAAAUCUUGAAGGAUAAAAUUUGUAGCAAAAUCUGCACUACUAAUAAAUAAAGUUCCAGUCUUGCAUAUAGAUUUCUUUAAAUCCUUGAACAAGACAAUGAAGCAUGUUAUGGUAAAGAAGCCAGAUCAGACCGCAAAUUAUCAGACAAUUGCUUCUCCUCCAAUUUUUACGUUCCGAAACGUGAAGGAUAUUUCUAAAUUGCUAGACAUUGUUCCAAAACCUGAUAUUCAAAAAGAUAAUUUAUAGAGGAACCUCGGAAUAUGAAUUCUGUAUCAUACCAGAGUAAACCUGAGGAUGUUAUUAAACUAAAAAUUCCAAAUAUUUCCUCUACUGGGAACCUCAAGAUCCCUUCUAGAAGGCCUGGUGACCAAUGUAGCACUCCUCAGGCUUGCUUCUGGAGUAAGGGCAUUAAGAUACCAUCGAAAAAGCUUAAGUUUUCGAAAGAGAAAGACACCUCUAAGAGAAGCACUGUGACUUCAAAACUUCUCAAAACUUUCCAUGAGGAAGACCUACUUGAGGAGAAAUAGGAAGGAACUGUGGGAUAAAAUACGGACUAAGACAGCCUACAAAUUUGGCACAAGAAGAAAUCUUGCCACUUGUCAUACUCCUAGAGUUCAGGUAACACAGAGGAUCAGCAAGCCUAAGCAAGAAGGAAAUAGUCCUUUUAGUCCGUUUAGCAUUGAGAAGAUUGGCCAAGAGCUCGAUUUUAACUUUACCACAAGGACUAAAGAAUUUUGGGAAACUCGAAGUACAACGAAACAUAAAAAUCGGAGGCUUUCAAGUAUCUUCGUGACUUCAAACAAGGACCAAUCUCCACUCCAUCUAUCCACCAAUGCCGACCUCUUAGAAGGGGAGGGUGAGAUAAGGAAGGAGUCAAAGCCAGUGGGGUUUAUGGACCCAUGAAGUGAGGUGGAUGAAGUGAUUUGGAACUGAGAGCAGUUUUUAAGAGGUUAGAGGGGGUAGUGUUGU